GACGGGGCGCUUUCAGUCUUCGUCAUUAUUUAUCCUACAUAAUACCUAAUAAACACCCAUUCUCAUCUGAUUCUACUCUCCUUUCAUAACUCCUCGGCUACGGGCCUACCUUUUGUAGGACAUGGCUAUUCUCAAUAGCUUCUUGAUAAGAUGUUAUUAAAUCUACGGAUCUAGAGAAAGACACAACCAAGUUUAUCCUGUGUUACACCGUAUACGAUGAUGAUGCUAAUGCUUUCUCUGCUGCUGUUGUAUGCGGUCGCUGCGUCUGCAUUCGGGCCUCUUCUCAAAGGGAGCCAGUAUCCCGUCCAGCAGCAUACUGAUGCUUCAGCUCCUGACCACAUCUCACCCAACCUCUUCGCAUCUCUCGAGCGCUUCUCCCGCCUAGUCGACAUCACCUACUGCGUUGGGACUACCGGCAUCGCUCCGCCCUUUUCAUGUGUAUCUCGAUGCGAUGACUUCCCGACACUUGACCUAGUCACAACAUGGAACACGGGUGCUUUGAUGAGCGACAGCUGUGGAUAUAUUGCUGUUGACCAUGGGACAGCCUCGAAAUCAGAUAUACAUAACGGAAGUGUUAAUAGCAGAGGCCACACGAUGGAGAGCAAGAGCCAAGAAGCAAUUAUUGUCGCAUUUCGUGGUACAUAUAGCAUCACCAAUACCGUCAUCGACCUAAGCACUAUACCACAAGAGUAUGUCCCGUAUCCUUCACCCGAUCAAGAUGAAUCCGAAGCGCCCAAGGAGCCGAAAUAUACCUGCCACAAUUGCACGGUUCAUAUGGGCUUCUUGACGUCAUGGAAAAUAGCUAGAACUGUUGUUCUGCCGGCACUCGAGCCACUACGCGAACGGUACCCCGACUAUCCGAUUUUCCUCGUCGGCCAUAGUUUAGGUGGUGCUGUUGCUGCUCUCGCGGCCUUGGAACUGAAAGUCAUUUCUGGUUGGGAUAAGAUGGCCGUGACGACUUUCGGUGAGCCUCGAGUUGGGAAUGAUGGGUUUGUUGAGUAUCUCAAUUCGGCUUUCGAACUUGGCGGUGUAGAGAAGCCAAUUGAGGCGCAAACGUAUCGGCGCGUGACGCACGUGGAUGACCCCGUGCCAUUGCUUCCACUUUCGGAGUGGGGAUACAGAUCUCACGCCGGCGAAUUCUUCAUCUCCAAAUCCGGCCUACCCCCCGAGCCGUCGGAUAUUCGGCCGUGUAUUGGGAAUUCCGAUGCGCGGUGCAUCGCUGGCUCAGCUGGAGAAUCCCUUCGAAGGACCGGCCGGAUCCUUGCUGAGAAACAGGCGCAAAAUACACCCGUAUGGACUGGAGGGUUAUGGGAUAUUCCAUCCCGGUUCAAAUUGUGGCAGUUAUUCUUCGCGCAUCGAGACUACUUCUGGAGACUAGGGUUAUGCGUACCAGGGGGGGAUCCCAUUGACUGGGGCCGGGACAAGUAUCCCAACUAUACUAAUGGUGAUGAGCUAUGAGUCCAUACGAUGCCUAGUGUGAACAUAGGGUGUCCUUAAGGCAUUAUGAUUUCCUAUUCCUCUAAGCUGGUUGAAGAGGAGAGAUAUAAUUUGACAAUGUGAACAGAGUACCUUCACAGAACCUUGGAGAUAAUGCCUAAUUAUAUGUUUGUAUACUACUUAAAAGUUGUAGAUGAUCUAGGUUGAUAUAAGAUAUCAUUCAGUAUGA